CCAGACUGACCCCAGCCUCACCAGAUCACCCCUCUGGAAGGCAUGAGGCCUGAGGUACAUGUGGUCACACUGCCCACACUCAAGUCCCAGCCCCAUGAAACUUACCCGUGGGUUUUAUUAGGAGAUCUUGAAGUUGUGGUUCACAAUAGAGACAUCUAGUACCGGGUUCGGUGUCAGAAAUAGCCAAAUGGCUCUGACAUAGAUGCUUUCAUCUUUAUCUCAUGAAGCCCAUGAAUCACAUGGAUGAAAUAUUUCCCUUUUCCCAUUGACUGCUGGGAAACUCUGAUCCAGAUGUGUAGUCUACACGUUGCUCUUAUAUGCAAAUCUUGUUUCUGCUUCUCUCAGAUUUUAUAUUCUUGUUUUCCUCUCCUCAUUUUCCUUGGGAGAGAAAAAAAACCCACAACCCUUGCUGUUGCUGGUGUGUGUGUGUGUGUGUGUGUGUGUGUGUGUGUGUGUGUGUGUGUUACUGUUAACUAAACAAACAUCUAUGGUGGAUCAGGGCUGGCUGCUGACCUGGGAUUAGCCAUUUCCUCCUCUGUUGGCUCCAUCCAGCCGACUCCUCCCUCCCUCCCUGUCCAUUUUCCCUGCCCUUCACUCUGAUGCUUGGCACCCCAGGGCCUGGGGUCCCCCCCCCAUCCCAGCUCCUAAGUCUCACCAGAAAACUGAGGUUCAGCUUUCCUCUGCUCACUCUCCCUCCCUUCACCACAUCCUCCUCCUCCUCCCCCUCCCCUUCCUCCUCCUCCUCCUCCCUGGAGGCUGGGACAGGAAUGACUUUCUCAAACUUCAGAUCCUCCUUUUGGCUUUGGGAUCUCUUUUGGGGUCCUGCUGGCUGUAGCACUUUCUCUGUCUCAACAGUGUCCAGCCCCAGCUCUGUCCCUACUGCCCACCCCUGCACAAGGAGCACAACUUCAGGGGACACCCCCAUGCCCUGGAAGCAGGCAGGGAGGAUGGCAGAGGAGCCUGGGCCUCACUGCCCUGUGCCGGUCCCAGCUGCCUCCUCAGCUCUUGCACAGGGGUGGCUUCACCGAAGAUAAUACACUCAGAGCCCCAAAAGCUGUGUGCAAACGUCUCCUCCAACCUUCCCGUUUCCUGGCAAGGACUUCCAGUGUUUGAUUUUGUGUCUCCCUGUCCACGCCAGCCUAUCUCCAGCAACCUGAAGGACCACCCCAAAGCAGGUAGCUGCUCUCUUCUCUUCAGCGUGGCUGGAAGACCCCCCCUCCCCCCAGUGGGCUGUCGUUUUGAAGCCUCCCUUUAGGCCCGGAAACCUAGGCCCGCUGACCUCAAGGCUGCUGCAUGGGCUCAGCGAGCUGGAUGGCUGCCUGCUAGGACAAGGGAGCUGGCAGCGGAGACUCCCCGGCGUGGAGCAGCUCCUCUUUGACCUCCUGCUCUGGAGCCGCAGCCCCAUGAAGGUGUCCAGCCAUGCAAUGUUCCUGGAAGGCGGUCCUCCUCCUCGCCUUGGCCUCUAUCGCCAUCCAGUACACUGCCAUCCGCACCUUCACCGCGAAGUCCUUCCAUACCUGCCCCGGGCUGGCCGAGGCCGGGGUCACCGAGCGGCUGUGCGAGGAGGGGCCCACCUUCUAUAACCUCUCCCGCAAGACCCAUGUCCUCAUCCUAGCCACCACCCGCAGUGGCUCGUCCUUCGUGGGCCAACUCUUCAACCAGCACCUGGACGUCUUCUACCUGUUCGAGCCCCUUUACCACGUCCAGAACACCCUCAUCCCCCGCUUCACGCAGGGCAAGAGCCCCGCGGACCGGCGGGUCAUGCUGGGGGCCAGCCGCGACCUCCUGAGGAGCCUGUACGACUGUGACCUCUAUUUCUUGGAGAAUUACAUCAAACCGCCCCCGGUCAACCACACCACGGAUAGGGUCUUUCGCCGCGGGGCCAGCAGAGUCCUCUGCUCCCGCCCUGUGUGCGACCCCCCGGGUUCCCCGGACCAGGUCCUGGAGGAAGGGGACUGUGUGCGCAAGUGCGGCCUGCUGAACUUGACCGUGGCCGCCGAGGCGUGCCGGGAGCGCAGCCACGUGGCCAUCAAGACCGUGCGAGUGCCCGAGGUGAACGACCUGCGCGCGCUGGUGGAGGACCCCCGCCUAAACCUCAAGGUCAUCCAGCUAGUCCGAGACCCGAGGGGCAUCCUGGCUUCCCGGAGCGAGACCUUCCGCGACACGUACCGGCUGUGGCGACUCUGGUACGGCACGGGGCGCAAACCCUACAACCUGGAUGUGUCUCAGCUGACCACGGUGUGUGAGGACUUCUCCAACUCUGUGUCCACCGGCCUCAUGCGCCCCGCCUGGCUCAAGGGCAAGUACAUGCUGGUGCGCUACGAGGACCUGGCCAGGAACCCCAUGAAGAAGACAGAGGAGAUCUAUGGCUUUCUGGGGAUCCCCUUGGACAGCCACGUGGCCCGCUGGAUCCAGAACAACACGCGGGGCGACCCCACCUUGGGCAAGCACAAAUACGGCACCGUGCGCAACUCGGCAGCCACGGCGGAGAAGUGGCGGUUCCGGCUCUCCUACGACAUCGUGGCCUUCGCCCAGAAUGCCUGCCGGCAGGUGCUGGCCCAGCUGGGGUACCGCAUGGCCGCCUCGGAGGAGGAGCUGAAGAACCCCGCCAUCAGCCUGGUGGAGGAGCGGGACUUCCGCCCCUUCUUGUGACCCGGGUGUGGGGGGCGCGUGGCGCCGGGUUUGAGAACACGGACCAUUUUUAACUGUUGCCUUAUUAUCCCCGCUCCCGCUCCCUCCAGCCCACCCCCCCCCCCCCCCCCCCGCCUCCGCCCGCCCUGCCUUUCGUGUCCCUUGCCCGCCCUGGCCCGCCAGUCCCACUCCCCAGGUUGCCCCUUCAUUUGUCUCUGAAAUUUGCACUAUGUCUCCGGAGGGCCCAAAAAGCGGGGUAUGGCCCCCACCCCGCCCCAUUCAGACACAAGGGUGUGGGGUGUUGGUGUGGACGAUGUUUACAACCUCCCCAUGCACCGGGGAGAGGCACCCCAACACAACAGUGAGCUUUUUGUGUGGAUGAGUGGACGGGGGUGUUUUGUAGUUUUGCAAGCAAAGGACCACCUGUUCUCUGGUUUAGGAAAGGGGUCUAUCCUUCCCUCCUUCUGCCCCCUCCCCACCUUCCUGCCCCUGACUGAUGCCCCACUUCCUCCCUUGGAGCAGAGAAACUGCCCCUCCUGCCCGCCCUUGCCUGUCGGUGAGCAGGUUUUUACUGUGAGGUGAACAUGGACUUAGGUUUAUUUUUAUUGUAUUUUAUUUUUUGCCAGUCUGUGAUGAUGCUGUUUGUUUGUCUGAGUCUUGUGGCUGCCCUGGGGCCAGUGGUGACUGCUGAAUCUUUCUAAGUUUCUGAUUGAUCUUGGGGGUCCGUCUGUGAUAUUUCUUUGUGCCAAAAAAAAAAAAAGAAAGAAAAAAAGUGGAUCAGUUUGCUAAAUGAACAUUGCAAUGCUUUAUCUGUGUUUUCUGUAAAUAAAAGUGUGCAAUAAUG